AUCACAUCUCAGAUACCGCUCUUCAACACAACAUUAAAGCAUUCCGUCUUAGUGUAUUCCCAGCAUUCGCAGACUGUGAACAUAAACCGCGGACUCUCCAGCAGAACAUUCUCAGAACACCUACAUCGACGAGCAGUAUACCUUCAGUGGCAUACAUCUCGUCGUAUUCAUCACUUCUAUCUAAAUUCACACAACCGGACGACUACGAUAUGGUAGCUCACCGCCGCGGCCCCUGGUCGCAACAUGAGGACCAGUGGCUUGUUAACCUCGUUGCUCGCAACGGUCCGCACAACUGGGUACGCAUCUCGCAGGAGAUCGGCUCGAGAUCACCAAAGCAGUGUCGUGAGAGAUAUCACCAAAACCUCAAGCCAUCAUUGAAUCAUGAUCCCAUUACACCAGAGGAGGGGGAUCUGAUCGAGAAGAUGGUCGCUGAGAUGGGCAAGAGGUGGGCCGAGAUUGCGAGAAGGCUCAAGGGACGCAGCGAUAAUGCAGUGAAGAAUUGGUGGAACGGUGGCCAGAACCGCAGGAAGCGCAACCCAGAACGUCCUGACCAGCGACCUCGCGAGUACUCCCAGACUUCAGAACACUACCAGUACCCACUGGCACCCCAGCAUAUGCAACAUCACGAAGAGCAGCACUACCACGACUCUCGUCGCUCCUCUUUGAACGUUCCCAUGCACACCCCAUACGGCGUCAAGCUGCCCCAGCCUCAGCGCUUCGAAUCAUACCCUGGAUCACGACCAAAGCCUCUGGAGUUGUACGGACAGCCUGCCAACGUACGAGCACGAGGCUUCGAGACACCCAUGCCUUCGCCUUCAGGCUACUCUUCGGUUUCAGCUGAUGGCGCACCAUCUCUCAUCACAGACACUGGCUCAGAGUCAAGGUCACCUCGCGGCGCCGCAUCCCCUCUCGACAUCACCCUUGCACCCUUGGUCGGAAACAGGGACGAGCGCAAGAAUUCGAGCACUCGCUACCUGCCUUCCACAGGUUUCGCUGUCGAGGAUGACGUACACUCUACAGCCUACAAUUCAUACGGGCACCGUGGGUCUCUGCACCUUCCUCCUCUUUACCGCGAGGCGCCGGCAUACAAGGAGCCACAUCACGCCCAGCACCACUCACAGCCGCUCACAACUCAGUCUGCACCACAGCACGUCCACCACCAUUCAAUGCCUCAAUCAUCGAACCUCAGCGUUGCACAGCGCGCACUGCCAGGCUUCCACUCUCUGACUGAGCCUGUACUGCCUCUCCCUUCUCCAUUCAGCGCAGCCUCCAGUCCCGCAGCAAGGCAACUUCCUUCACCAUACGCGCGGUCCGCUGAAGCCCAGCGUGCACCAGUCUCACCCAAGGACAAGAUGAGUUUGAAGAACAUCAUGUAGAUGUCUGUUCAUAUUUCACGCUACUUCUUAUACCCGGUCCUAUUCAUACACCAUCUGCACUGCAAGUUUCACAUCUACAUAUUUAUAAUGCUCGAUCAUCACGGCAUGUCAUCGCUGGCAAGCCUGGCACCGCUCGGUGUCAACGUUUUGUAUCUUCUUUUACUUCACUUGCAUAUA